AUGUCGGGUAACGGUGUAGACCCUGAGGCAAGGGACAAGUAUCUCUUACAAGUAACCGCCGGACCGUCCUACAACACAUCGGAGCACGAGCAAGUGUCGGUCAACGGCGCAGACCCAACACAUGUUGAAAGCGAACUUGUAGACGCAUGGGUUCGCGUCCGGAUCAAAGAUUACCAUGGCCUACCCCGUAGUUCCCCAGCUUCCUCGUCUUACUUCGACCACCCACAACAUACUUCUGACAGGUACUCCAUUGCCUACUCCUUUGUGCCCAAACAAGACAUGUCUGGCUCUGAUCUGGUGAUGGGCUUCGAUUACGGUCACUCAAUUAAACACCAACUUCCGCCAGGCUUCAGGUACGCGAUGAAGAUCGCUACAAGUAUGCUUGAUCCUGGGCUUUAUUCAGAUGCAUACUCCGACGAGCCAUAUUUAUACGGACCCGCGCUUUCGAGUUUCUUCGCUUUCAGGAUUGGAGACCGGACCAGCGAAGUGCCAGCAAAAGAUCAACUCGCAAAUCUUAGCCAAGAAACAGACAACGUGAUAGAGGAGGGUGCAUCAGGAAGCGGCAAGGAAGUUCGCAAAGCUUCGUCUAUGCCUUCGAAGUGGAAAAAGAGGCGGAAGCAUUAUCUUGACGAACAAGCCCUCUCAGCUUUCACGUUUGAAAAGGGCCGCAUGUACCACGCUGACUUCUUUAAUCCGCAUCUUGAUUUUGCGAAUUUCUCAUUAAGAUUGCCGGGUUUCUCCAUCAGUGUGGCCAAGUACGUGGAUGAAAAAACGCAUCAUUUGAGAUAUGUGCUUAAGAAUCGGAGGACAUCGGAUGUGCUUCUCGUGGUCUUCUUCAAGUUGCUGUUUGGCAAGGAACUGGAUGAUACGCUGGAGAAGGAGAAGAGGAGAGAAAGUGCACCAACGGCCGUGGCUACGGACGAUCAACCGAAACAGAAGAGUACAGGCCAUGAUGAAUUGACGAAAGUUUGUGCUGCUGAAGAAGCUGAACGACGAGCUUCACAACCUCAACCAUUGACAGUGGAGCGGGACCAUGCCCCUCCAAAGCAACCUGAAGGCACAAAUGGUGUGACAGCAGAAAGAGCGGUCGAGGAUGACGGGAAAUCACAAGAAGACCAGAGCUACAUCAGCCAAGCAACGACCGCUGCUUCGAAUCUUGCAAAUUCCGUGGUUGCAGUGUACGCAGCGCUGGGCUUCGGUAACUCGUCGUCAUCGUCUGAUUCAGAGGCCUCAAGUCGGAGGAGCAGCUCAUCGCAGCCACCAAACAGGUCGAUGACGGCCGAGAUCGAUAAUAUGAAUGACGAGACAGUAGAGCAGUACCUGCAAAGUCGACAGGGCAACGUAUGA